AUGGAAGCAAUGCUGCUUCUACAAAACAAGUGUCAUUUCUCGACAAGUACUCGCCUGGGACAGAGGAUGAAGUUGAACUACUCUCCUCGAGUUCAGGCUGUGCUGGCAAGACCUGUGCAUGACAUAUCCACCACACGAGCAGACCGAGCAGCAGAUUUUUGUCACAACGAUAACUGGUUCCACCGAAUUGCAAUAAACCAUCUUUCCCAGAAGGUUCAAGCUACAAUGGGGCUUAGAAACAGUAAGAGUGGGUACGAGAGUUUGGUCGAGGCAGCUAGGAUGGCGUGGCGGAACUAUAGUCCCAUCCAACAACCUGAACUUGUCAGCACAGCUCUUGGCAAAGCCUUCCCAAAGCCUAUUCUUUCCAUGAUCAGGACACUGCUACCCCACUCAAAAUUUGCAAGAGAGUUCUUUGCUGCCUUCACCACAGUGUUUUUUGCUUGGUUGGUUGGACCCUGCGAGGUGAGAGAAUCAACCAUUAAUGAUAAAAAAGAGAGGAACGUAGUCCACAUAAAGAAAUGCAGGUUUCUGGAGGAGUCAAAUUGUGUGGGGAUGUGCGUUAACUUGUGCAAAAUGUCGUCCCAAAGAUUUAUCAAGGAGUCUCUAGGAAUGCCGGUCAACAUGGUCCCUAAUUUUGAAGACAUGAGUUGUGAGAUGAUAUUUGGCCAGCAUCCUCCAACAGCAGCCCACGAUCCUGCAUUGAAACAACCCUGUUACAAUCUAUGUACGUCAUAUUCUCUCCGACUCUCCCGCGCCAUUUCAUUCUAUUACCUAUACGACAAUUAA